UGUCUGCCAUUGCGCAUGCGCCAGUCUUCAAAAGAGUUUGUAGCGAUAGAGCCUAUCAUACGUCUGUGGAUAGAUUGUCAGGGUAUCAGUUGCGCCGAAUCGUCGACAAGGACAUCGCAGCUUUGCUGAAAUGACAUCUCCGGGUACGACGCGACUUCUGAACGCUGGAAAUGAGGGUACCCUGGCUUUGGCACUAGCACUCGGACAUGAACUGGGCAUUUGGGAUCUCCUCGGUUCGUCAACUCAUCCCAUGACCUCAGCUGAAAUAGCCGAAAAGGGAAAACUUAAGGAAAGAUACGUGCGCGAAUGGCUUGGCUGCAUGGUUGCAGGGGAGGUGAUCCAAGUCACGCGGGAUAACCCCCUGCGCUACUCCAUCCGGGAGGAUCAUAAGCCAGUGCUCAGCGACAUCAGCAUCGGUUCCCGCCUUUUUGCGUCAUAUGCCGUUAGAUAUGACGCCGUCAAGGAUUGCUUUCGUCAGGAUGGUCCGAGCGGAGUGAGUCACACUCAGUUUCCUGGCGUCUUCAACGUGUUUCAUGCCAUGCGCACGAGUACCUCCACCUCAACUGUGAAUGAGAUGGUCGCUGUGCAGGACGGACUGUCGAAAUUACUUGACCAAGGAAUCGAAGUGGCUGAAUUCGGGUGUGGCACGGUGCUGAUUCUUGAACUGGCUGGCCGCUACCCAAACAGCCGUUUCCAUGGCAGCGAUAUAUCCCCGCAUGGUCUGGCUAUCGCCCGAGAAAAACUUGCUGAGAGUGGACUAAGUAAUGUCACGUUGUCCCUCGCUGAUCUUCACAGCCUCCUGGGCGAUAUGCACGGCAAGUUCGACUGGGCCUUCACUUUUGAUGUAAUUCACGAUUUGCCGCAUCCUCUGAAGGCGCUGAAUGAAAUCCACAAGGCGCUCAAAGACGGAGGCUGGUUCGUGAUGGGAGACGUCCACAGCCCCGGGGACAGGUGCGCCGUCGCGGGGGAUGAUGGGUCCAUGGUGUUGUACGGGAUCAGCACGUUCCUAUGUCUGCCAGCGAGUGCUGCUCCAGAUGGCGCUUUGGGGCCAGGGGCGGCGUGGAGCGUCCAGGAAGCCCAGGAGCUAAUUGCUCAGUCGAACCUGACUUUACAGGAAACGGUUAGCAACCAACCCUACUUUGCCUUUCAUGUGUGCCGAAAAGUUGUCUCGGACUAGUCUUGCGGAAACCACGAGGCGAAAAUUCGCAACUAUUUGGUUUGACUUACAACAUCCAGCAAAAGCAUCUUAUAUGAUUUUUGGAGCUGCUGGUCGAGGAGAAGUGAGGAGUAUGAAACCUUGUUCAGUCUCAAUAAUCAGUUCACGCAAAAUGUCAAAGGGAUCUUUCUUAAAAGUGAUCUAAAAUCGUUGGCGUUUACUGAUUCGUCUAAGUCGAUUUGCUUUUUUUAUAAAUAAUUAUUAUUCAUGAUUUUUUUCCCGACCUUACCCUUUCAUAGUCAACUCUGCUUUAAUCAGGUCUGUGAACAACACUGCUAGGGAUAGACCUAUUGGUCUAUGUUGUUAUCACACAAUUCAAACUCAGGAAAUGAAGCAUUAUAAGCAUACCCCUGAUAGGAACUGUUACCUGUUCCUGCUCCGUCAGUCCUUGUAAUAGCUUUGCUUUCGAUGGCAACUGUACUUUUCCAAAUUUUAACUCUACUUGAUCAUGUCAUUCUCUGACACAAUUUAUGGAUAUGUUUGGUGGAAUUGACACUAACAAGGAGAAAAAAUAAGUAAAACACUUGUUCAUAUUUAAUUACCAUUUAACCUAGAUUUUACAUACUCUUUUAUCUCGCAUAUUUGCAAAUAAGGUAUUUUGUCUUUCUACAUAUUUAUGCACUUAUACAAUUUUGCGUAGAGUACUUUGGCAUGAAGUACACCGACACCAAAUUAAAUGACAAUGUUUUCUAAACUUGAAGCCUGUUGUCUGCGUAUUUUUCGAACUGGAGAGUUGUUUCAUAUAUACACAAGAGCUGCAUGUUGGAAAGGUUAGGUGUAUGUUUGUCGAACGCGUCAAACCGUUUGUCAGUAAACAUUGUCUGAUUGAGCGAGUAAAACAUC